CUAAAGCGAAGUGUCAGUAUUUUUUCUCAAUAGCAUAUUCUUUUGCUGGUAUAAAUUUCUUGGGUGAUAAGGAAUGAAAAACAUAAAAAUUUAAUAAAACUCAGUGAAUUUAGUAGAUUAAACGAUGUUAAUAUCAAAGGAAUUAUAAUUACUGUGAAUUUGGAACAACAAAAGUAGUUGUAAUAAAAAAUCUUUAGUUACAUAGUUAGGUAUGCAAGGUAGAGGCAGAGUUGCAGAAAUCCAAAAUUCCGUUCAUUUCUUUAAGCGGAGUUCUGCACAAUCCAAAAGUUCCAACGAGUUACAACCAGAAACCCUUUAUAGUUCAAAAGAAUUACAGCAAUGUGCGUCUUUAUUUCGGGAGAGAAAAUCCCAGGAUAGUAUAAACAUUUGUGUAAUAAGUGGCGAUGGCGACAUAAAUCAUAUUGAAAUAAGUGAUACAGAAAGUGAAUUUGCUGGAUUUGGAUCCCUAACCAAAUCAAGUGAAAGCAGUUUAGGAAAGCAACAAAAAUUCGAAAAAAGUUUCUCAAAAAUUUCAGUUAAAAAAAGAACAAUUGAGUCAAAGCGUUUGAAUAUGAAGGAAUGCGACUUUCAGCAAGAAGAACAUUCGUCCCUGAAAUCAAUUUAUGAUAUUGAAUCAAUGGAACUAGAUUUUGGGAUAAAUUCCGUGCCUGAUAAACAUAAAAAAAUAAUGAAUGCGAAAGAAGUGGAUGAUCACGUACAAAACCCUGUGAAUGAAAUUGUUGAAAUCUGCUCAAAGUCGACAACUAGUUCGGAGGCAUAUAAGAGACAGAAAAUUAAUUCCAACCUUCAAUUGCGUUUACGUUUAAAUCAACAAACUGUGAAUAGCAACAGCAACAAAAACAAGUGUUCUACUGAAACCACCAGCGAUUUUCCAGUUAGUUCUCCUUCGAAUCCACGAAAACGGACUGCUCUGCAAAAAAAUACAUUGUCAGGAGACGUUUUUGAGCGUAACCUGGCAUUAUUAACAACGCAAAAACCGCAAAUGUCUUUGGACGAAAAAAUUAACGCUUGGAAAUGUGAUAUUGAUUUCAGUGAGGUCGAAGAUGUGGAUAGUUUUGAUGAUCUUUUCAGAGAACAUGAGGAAUUACAAAAAGGAGUUAUACAAGGCAAUAGGAAUGGCGCUUUCAACAGCACACAGUAUGAUUUUAACGUAUUUCGAAAUGAUAUCCUGCCUAGGCUUACAACAACGUCUACUUUAAUAGAAAAAGAUGAAAAAACUAAACCUUCUGCCACUGGUACAUUUUCGGCACAACGUCGUAUGCGAGCAGCUCUUGAAUUUGAGUGCAAAAAACGUCAACAACAACAUUUGUUAAGAGGAAGGAAUACUACCCCUACAUUUACAUCCUCUUCUGAAAAUGAUUUACUUUUAUGUCUUACUUCCAAACAAAAAUUCAACAGCAAUCAACAAAAGCUACGCCCUAGAAAUUCGGAGCAUGGUAAUCAAGUUCUGAAUGGAAAGUCUUCGUGUGAUAUUUUAGAAUCAAAAGAUAACAUGUGUCGCCAUUCCCAAAUGGCAAUAGGCGGAUAUCCGUCGCUUGUAUCUCGUCAAUUUCGGCCAUCUGCAGAUGAGGAAUCGGUUUUUAAGUUACGCCGCCUGAAUAGGGAAAUUGAUAAAUUCAAUGAAAAGAAUGAGACAAAUUCUCGAGGUCUUAUUCAAAUGCGUUUGGAUUUUGCAAUACAAAAUAAAAGUCAACAACUUUAUGAAAGAAGGAGUCAAUUGUUUAAAACGCCUACAUUGCCACAAAAACACCUGCCGCUACCCGUUCCCACUCAGUUACCGAUGCCGAACUCAGCUGCCUUAAACGUUUCGAUAUUAAUGUCAAAGAACACGCAUAGCUUUAAUCCUAGUGAUAUGGAUAAAAACACAGAAUGUCCGCUUCACCAAUCAGAAGACAAUGAGUUACAAACAGAAAUAAUAUCUACAUCGCCACAUGAAGCUGAUCAGUCCUAUUCUACACUUUCCCCAGUUUCGAAAAACCUUAUAUCUACCAGUGCAUGUCAUCAACAACAAGAGUUUUGCAAUUAUUUGGGAUUGACCGGCAUGUCCACUGCUAAUGCAGUAGCAAAUGCAGUAGCUGAAUUGGCCAAGUGUAAUUUAACUAGACGUUCUUUGCGUGUGCGCCGGUUGAAGCAACAAGAGAAAAGUGAAAAUAACCAAAAAAUUACAAAUUCAAAAGACAUUAUAUUAGACGAUAAGUAUGUAGAAACAACAAUAGGCGAAAGGUUAAGUGCAGCCGAAAUUGUUGAAAAGAAGGAAACUACGGAGAUGUCAGCAAAUUUACGGUAA